AACAUGUGUUCAGUGGUCGGCAGUACAAAAACCACAGUGUAAGUGAGUGUCUCCAGAGUUUAACACAGUGAAAAAGAAAUAUAGAAAGGGCAUACAAAUAUCAAUAUUUAGAUCUUUUUCGUAACGAUCUACGAUUCGUCCUUAUGACGAUAUUGGAAUUAUUUUUAACAAUGAAGGUCUGAUAUGUAAAUAACCCACAUCAAGAAAAUUAAAAUUUCCAAAGCCACAUCAGUCGAUCAUUGCCUGUGUUAAUCACAUACAAUAUUCAUCAUCAUGUCUGCGGAGCAAAAUACAACUAAUCAUUCUUCAGUAGACUAUGCCAAGUAUCCAGAUCUUUCCGAAUUCUACUCAAAUCUUACGCCAUUUGUCACGUUUUCAUUAUUUAUUGGACUCCUCGUAUUAUGUUUGAACCUAGCGAUCUGCGCUACAACCAUAGUAAAAGCUAAGAAACGUCUCACCAGCAAUUUGUACAUACCAACAACUAUACUGUGCUCCAUUUAUCCAAUCAUAUCACUGGCUGCUCUGGGUACUAUCCUGGCUCCGAAAUCAUGGCUAGCUUGUAACACGGUUAUGCAUUUAUCAUUCACAAUUGGAGCGGUUGUGUUUCAUAACUUAUGCUUUCGAUACGCCCACUCUGAGGUUGGCUAUCUAAAGGAGAUCGGCGAUGAAAAAACCUUGGAUUUGCAAACUUCUCCACUCUGCUGUUGCUGCGGUUUCUUGCCAAAACUGACGCCAAAAAAGAAUAAACUCUUCGCCGUUAAAUGCCUCAUUUGGCAAAUGCCUUUGAUUCAAUCCAGUAUUAUGAUUGCAUUGAAUGUGAUAUACUAUUUCUACCCGGAAAAGUAUGAAAACCUUGUGGUAUUUUUUGCACCAUUCAUUGUGACGUCUAUCCUAAGUGGUCUUUGGGGCCUAAAUAUUACUGUCAAGAUGAUUAAUAAACUAUUUCCCGAUUAUAAUUUAAUGAAAAAGAUGUUGAGUCUUCAGUUGGUCUUAUUGCUCUGCAAGCUACAGUUCGUCAUUCUAGAUUCCCAAUUGAAUUAUCUUGAUUUUGGAGGAACCUAUCCCAUCAACAACACGAUACUUAAACAAACCGUGAUAAAUCUUUUGAUUUUAGUGGAAAUGACUCUCGUCUCAAUUUUGGUUCAAAAUUCCUACAGCAAACCUUAAUAAGCUGUAAUAAUUUUGUACAUAAAUACAUAAUUUCCAGUGAUAUUUAUGUUUUGUUUAAUUGUAUAUAUGUAAGUUUUGCUAGUUAUGUAGACAUAUGAAAAAUAUGUAGUUUUUUGUUAGAAAAUAAAUAAUUUACAUUCUCAUUAUUUAUAAAGAAAAACCAUUAAUAUUUAAGAAUUUGUUUGUAAAUGUGCAUAAAAAUAAUUUUAAAAAAAUA